ACCAACUGCUUAUCGACAUAACCAGCAUAAGCACUUGUUUUGGUUACUUUCAUAAGAUAUACUCUUCACUUAGUGCAAGUACAACUUUAACACCAAAUAUAAAACAAACAGAACCAACCAGAAGCCCUCUCCUACGGAGAAGGGCAUAUCACCAACUCAACUACCAAGGCCAAAACUCAUCCACAGCAUGAACGCGCUUCCACCUACCUCAGUCUUUACUCCAUUUUCGAGAACACGCUCUGCUAACGUCAAUCCCUCAAGCACGCGCAGAUCUGAACGCGAGAACGCGCUUGCUCACCUCGGGAUUGCGGCCCUCACCGAAAAACGUAGAAAAAUAGUAUUUCAUAAAUCCACAGCUUAGCAUACUUCUCGUGUCCGUAGCGGAGACAAUUUCAUUGUAUGACGCCGCUACACGCGCCCCUCCCGCGAAGACCAAGUAUCGCUUACGCUCCCGGGCUCUGCUCGCUGAGUGGCUAGCUUAUGCUCGCUCCCGUCUUCUCGAAAGGAAGAAGAAGCAAACAACCGCCCUGUUCCGACAUUACAGACUCGUACUGGAACAAAGCCACUGCGACACGACGCCAAUUUCUUAACUGUUUUGGUCGUUUAUGGUCUGUGUUAGCCACGGAGAUAGACUGCGUGCCUCUCUCCUCUGCCUCUGUUCUACUCAGUAUCUCCUCACGUGUCCCGGACCGAGGGGGGGAAUCUCUCGCUCGCUCUCACAUGACCUGUGUGUUUGUCCCCGUGAUCAGCGCUCGGGCUCCCUCUCCCUUCAACAGCCGCCUGUGAGCUGCAGAGGAGCAGGCUCCUCCACCAGCAAGCCCGUCCACAUGGACAUGCUUGAUCCGAGCCUGGACCCCGCCACCGCCGCUGCAGCAGCUGCCGCCAGCCACGAUAAAGGACAAGAGACAGAAGGAGGUGUGGAACUUCAUGAAGGUGACUGUACUAACGCAGACGAGCCUACAACAGUCGCAAUUGCAAGUGUACAACAAGCAGCUUUUGCAGAUCAUAACAUCCAGUACCAGUUCCGCACGGAGAACAAUGGAGGGCAGGUGACAUACAGAGUGGUCCAGGUGACAGAUGGCCAGUUGGAUGGUCAGAGUGAUGCAGCUGGUGCAGUCAGCGUAGUGUCUACGGCAGCCUUUGCAAGUGGGCAGCAAGCUGUCACUCAGGUGGUAAUGACUUGUCUUAUGUUUAACAGGUUUUGA